UAUUUUAUCCUAAUUACAGAACAAGGUCCUUCUUGUUCAACCUGGGCACAGGCAGCUCGGUAGGCAGAGGCGCGGCGGCUCGGGAAGGGCAGCGUCGCGGCUUUUGCGCGGCUUUGCAGUAGCGCGCGCAGCUUUGCAGGCGUGGUCGGGGUCGUUGUGCUGCUGCGUCGCCGCACGGGCAGAAGGAGAGAGAGAGACCGGCGGCAUUGGAGUGGUGGCGAGGGGCGGCGGCUUCGGGUUGGCCGCGGCGGGCUGCGAGGUCAGCGCCUGGGCGCGGCAGGGCAUCGGGCAGGGAAGCACCAGCCUUGCCUCAGCUUUGCCAGCGGGAAUCGCGGGCAGAGGUUGCUUGGUCGGCUUGGAAACGAUGACCUCGAUCUCGCACGCUAGGUGCUCGAUGAAUUGCCUGAAAGGAAUAGAGGGAGAGGAGGGAGAAAGAGAGCUGGGAGAUGGGGAUGGUGGCUGGCAGGUGGGGCCAAUGGUCCUUAGGCCCACUGAUCAGAGAGAGAGAGAAAGGGAGAAGGGAUGAGGUGAGGGGAUUUUUCUGGGAAUUUCCAAGAAGGCUGAGAGUUUGAUUAAUUUUUGGAUAUGCUACAGUGCUCAAAUGCUUGCGCAAAAAUUACUGGAGGUUAGUGUGGUCAAGAACUCCACUUGGUGAAUUUUUGGGAUUUUUCUCAAGUCCUGUUUAUUUUUGAAAAUUAAAACAAGUUUACUAAUUUGAAUCAAAUUUUGGAUGUUUUCAUCCUUUUAAUUGAGUUGCAAAACUUUUGAGAUUUAUGGAAGUUUAUUUCAAGUGUCUACCACUUAUUUUAAUUCUUUUUAUUUGUUAAUAUUUAUUGCAUGCAAAAGUGUUAUGAGAUGCAAAUCGGUUGUUUUUUUCGUCCACACUUAAUGCUCCAUACAUGUGUCUAAACAUUUGAUGUGGUGGAAAUUUUGGAAGUUUGAAGGGAGCUAAACACAGCCUCUAUCUAUAAAUAGCUGAUGCAUGCCAGCUUCAGUUUCUCACAUCCCUCACAGCCACAGCCAUAGACCAUAGUACUACACCACAUCUUCUCCCCUACCCACCAGCAGUUCCCAGCCAUGUCUGCUAGCAAGCUGCAAUUCACCCCAUGCAGCACACCCAUUCAGGGCAAUGAGAUCAACUUUAGCAAACUCUACCUGCACCACACGCCGGCUGGUCCAAGACCAAACCAGUCCGGGGUCACAAGCACAAACAAGGAAACCGGGUUGGGUUCCUUGGUUGUUAACAACUGGCAGGUAUACGACGGAAUCGGCUGUGACGCCAAGGUUGUUGCCCAUGCACAAGGCCUGCACGUUUAUGCCGGUAACUGGCACAACUCCUUCACCCUAGUGUUUGAGGAUGAAAGGUUCAAGGGUUCCACUCUUGAGGUGAUGGGAAUAGUUGUUGAACAAGGUGAAUGGGCUAUUGUCGGGGGCACGGGACAAUUUGCUAUGGCAAAUGGUGUAAUCUUUAAAAAGUUCCAUGAACAAAAAAAAGAAGGAAAUAUUAUGGAACUCACUAUCAAGGGAUUUUGCCCUGUCUUGAAAGGGUCACCGUCACAGGGCCUUGUCACCAAGAUUGGGCCUUGGGGUGGAAUUGAUGGAGGCAGAGCUCAAGACAUUACAGCUACUCCAAAGCGUCUAGAAUCCAUUACAAUACACAGCGGCUGGACUAUUGAUUCGAUCUCAUUUAUUUACUUUGACCAAGCUGGAGAGAAGCACAGAGCAGGUCCAUGGGGUGGUCCUGGUGGGGAUCCUUGCACGAUUGAAUUUGGCAGUUCAGAGUUUCUCAAGGAGGUUUCUGGAACGUUUGGCCCAUAUGAAGGCUGGAAAGUUAUAAGAUCUAUUAAAUUUGUCACCAAUAAGAAAACAUAUGGUCCAUUUGGACGACAGGAAGGAACCCCUUUUAGCGUCCCGGUGCAGAAUAACUCCACUAUAGUGGGCUUCUUUGGACGCAGCGGGAAGUACCUCGACACAGUUGGCAUCUACGUGCAUCCGAGAUAACAUGUCAAAAUCAGUUUCCCAUGUUUGACUUUGAAGUGUGUUUUCUAUAAUAAAUAAAUAUGAUGGGAUCCUCCCUUUCAUUCCAGUAGUGAUGAGGGAUCCUUUCUAGCUGAAGUGUGUUUACUUCUGAAUUUGCAGUCCUUCUGUCGGUGGUUUCAGUUUGCAAUGCAUUGUAUGCAUCAAUAAGGAUCUUCGUUGAAGGUUGGUUUGGUGAAUAAAGUCGUCAUUCAGUUAGCAAUGUGUUGUAUGCAUCAAUAAAAAUCUUCAUUAAAAGUUUGGUUUGGUGAAUAGUUUUCAUCCAAUGAGUAUAUCGAUCAUCUAAGCUGAAAUAUUUGUAGUGCCCUUCUUUUUGAAG